AAUUUUUUGGGGUUUUUCCGCGCGGUUUCUUGUUCCGACUCUUUUCUGCUUGUUCAUACACAUUCCGCUCAACCAUGGAUUACGCAGAUGCACAACGUGUUGAAGGUAUAUUUUUUAAAGAGAAAGAUCCCGAUUCACAACCUGAAGAUGUUGAAAUGGUGUCUGUUGAAGGAAGUAGCGAAUCUGUAAAUGCCAGAUAUGACAUGGAUCGCGAAAAAAAAAAUCUGGCUUUAAUAAUAAAUAACGUGGAGUUUGACGAAUCGACUGGUAUGUCUUACCGACAAGGAUCCGACAGAGAUGCAUCAGCAAUUAAAAAGACUUUGAAGUCAUUGCAUUUUGAGGUGAUCGACCGCAAGAAUUUAUCAGUGAAAGACAUGAAGCAAAUCUUUAAGGAUAUAUCCACGAUGGAGCAUGCGAAGUAUAACUGCUUCGUUUGUGUUAUAUCGACUCACGGUGAAAAUAAUAACCACGUAUGUGGCACUGAUGGUAAAGUAAAACUUGACGAUUUAGUGGAGUUGUUUCUUCCCGAUAGAUGUCCGAGCUUAAUAGGUAAGCCAAAACUAUUCUUCGUACAAGCCUGUCGGGGAAGGAAAGAGGACAGCGGUGCACCUAUGCACGAUGCCGGCGAUUUUAGAGUGAAAUAUCAAAAUGUCACAUCUCACAAAGUACCACUUGGGGCCGACAUGCUUCUGGCUUAUUCCACUGUCCCUGGAUUUUACUCCUAUAGACGUUCUACGACUGGAUCUUGGUUCAUUCAAUCGCUAGCCCGCAUUUUGGAAAAACACGGAGACCGACUUGAACUGCAACAAUUAAUGAUUUUGGUAAACCGUAAGGUUGCCUGUGAAUAUCAGCAUUCUUCCACUAGAAAGAAACAGGUUCCUUGCGUGGCAAACAUGUUAAUGAAAGAGUUAUACUUUUACAAGUAAAAUCUUUCCUCUUCUCUCUCUCUCUCCCCGUGUACACGUACUCUCUGUUAUCUUGCUAUACGUAUCAGCCCUAAAGCUGUGAAUGUAGGAAGUAUAUGUAUAUUUUUAUUUAUAUUUAGCAGAGGUGAUAGAUUCAUUCAGGGUCCGAGAGCUUCGUACGUUUGAUAAGUGCCAACGCAACAAACUUUCCAACUUUGAAUCACUAUGUUACUUCUGAAGGCAUAAAAUAUUUUUACAGAAAUUAACGAAUAAUAAAAACCACAGAUCUGAGGGUAAAAACGAAGUAUGGCCAAUAAAGGCAUAAAUAAAUGUAUGUGUGUGUGAGUAUGUAAAACACUUGAAAUUUAUAUUUAUCCAUCUUAAUUUCUGCUAAGAACAUUUGCUAAAUUUGUGCUGCUGGCGAACAAUUUCUUUAAAAUUAUUAAAUAUUCUGAUAAAAUAAAAAUAAAAUUCAUAAUUUUAUAAUUUUAUGUAAUAAC